AUGGAAGACAUCAAAAGAAAGGGCCUCGACGAUGUGGUUGUUGAUGCCGUUCCUCUUCAAGAGCUUGGCGCUCAGCGCCAAGCCGAGGACGACCAUGGCAAUAAGACGGGUGCAUUCCAAGUGGACCUUGCGGUACUUGAGGCUGGUAUCACACGGGUUUUAGGGAAAUAUGGUAUCAUAAAAUUCGUUCCUCUGAGCAACGAUGAUCCAAUUGUUUUGCAACAACCGACAGAAGACCUCGACACAAAGAAAGCUCUUUGCUACCAGCGACUGCAUUCACUAUACUCGCAGGAAUAUUUGAAAAGGCAACACCUCGCAGAAACUUUAGGAUUCGAGAUGCAGGAGCUUUGGAGAGACUGGUACGAUGAAUCUCUGAAAAACAUUGGCAACAACUUGAAAAAACGCGGUUACUGUUGA